AUGGUCUUCCCACCGCCGCCCACCAGCUCAAUUGACUGGUCCAAUAUCGGCUUCAAAGUGCGCGAAGUAAACGGCCACAUCGAGUCGCACUACAGCGUCCACACCGGCACCUGGACCCCCCCCACCUUCGUCUCCUCCCCCUUCCUCUCCCUGCACGGCCUCGCCCCCGCGCUCAACUACGGCCAGCAAUGCUACGAGGGCCUCAAAGCCUUCCGCUCCCCCGACGACACCGCAAUCAACAUCUUCCGCCCCUCCCUCAACGCCCGCCGCAUGCAGCACAGCGCCUCCUUCAUCGCCAUGCCCGCGCCCCCCGAGCCCCUCUUCCUCACCGCCGUCAACAUGGCCGUCGCCCUCAACGCCGAGUUCGUCCCGCCCCACGCCACCGGCGCAAGCAUGUACAUCCGCCCACUGCUCUUCGGCAGCUGCGCGCAGCUCGGCCUCAACCCGCCCGACGAGUACACCUUCGUCGUGUAUGUCCUCCCCGUCGGCGUCUACCACGGCGUGCACCCCGUCGACUGCCUGAUCCUGGAGACGUUCGACCGCGCCGCGCCGAACGGCACGGGGAGCGCGAAGGUGGGGGGCAAUUAUGCGCCGGUGCUGGUGCAUAGUGAGGCGGCGAGGAAGGAGGGGUAUGGCAUUACGCUGCAUCUGGACUCGCAGACGAGGACGACUGUGGAUGAGUUUAGCACGAGUGGGUUCUUGGGGAUUAAGAGGGAGGGGGAGAAGACGACGCUUGUGGUGCCGGACAGCAACAGCGUGAUUAGAUCAGUCACGAGCAGGAGUAUCCAGGAGAUUGCGGCGUCGUGGGGGUGGAGUGUCGAAGUCCGCCCUGUCCCACUCACCGAGCUCGCCACCUUCACGGAAGUGAUGGCCGCCGGCACCGCCGCGGCGCUCGUGCCCAUCAAGAGCAUCACGAUGAAGAGCACGAACCUGAAGAUCAGCUACUGCGGCGACGAGCCCGGCGAGGGUGUGCUUGCAUUGCUGAAGACGCUGAAGGGCGUGCAGACGGGGAGGUUGCCGGAUACGUUUGGGUGGCUGGUGGAGGUGGUGGAGCCGCCGAACACGGGCGUGGAGGGGCAUAGAGGGGGUAGUGGGGAGGAGAGCGUUAGCCAGGCGCCGUAA